AUGGUGAGACUCACUGCUGACCUGAUCUGGAAAAGCCCUCAUUUCUUCAAUACCAUUAAGGAGCGUGAGUUAGAUCUUCGAGGCAACAAAAUAUCUGUAAUCGAAAACAUAGGUGCCACCGAGGACCAAUUUGACACCAUAGAUUUGUCUGACAAUGAGAUUGUCAAACUAGAAAACUUACCAUUUCUUAAUCGAUUGGGUACACUACUUAUCAAUAACAACAGGAUUACUAGAAUUAAUCCAAAUAUUGGAGAGUUUCUACCGAAUUUACACACACUAGUUCUCACAAACAACAGGAUUGUAAACUUAGUAGAAAUUGAUCCUUUGACAUCCCUUUCAAAGCUGCAGUUCCUUAGUCUUCUAGACAACAAUAUUACUAAAAAAGUGAAUUAUAGGCUUUAUGUUAUCCACAAGCUGAAGUCCCUCCGAGUUUUGGACUUCAAGAAAGUGAAGAAUAAGGAACGAUUAGAAGCAAAAAAUUUGUUUGAAUCAAAGGAAGUUAUAGAAGAAGCUCAAAGGACACCAGCGAAACCGGUUUCACCUGUUGAAACUAAAGAUGUUUCAGAAGCUACAGAGGAACAACAGACACCCAAAGUGACAGCUCCUACUCCAGAGCAAAUUAUUGCUAUUAAGGCUGCUAUUGUCAACUCACAGACUCUUGAAGAGGUUGCUAGACUUGAAAAGGCACUGAAGUCUGGGCAACUUCCUGCAGAUCUAAAAAGCUUGACUGAUAAUAUGAUAACUGAUAAUGUCAAUGAAAAACAUGAAGAUGUAGUUCUGUCUGAAUCUAAUGAUACACAAGAGCAAGGAAAUACUGAUAAUACUCAAAUGGAAGAGGAUUAG